AGAGUGAAGAAACCGAUCCACCUGAGCUACGACAUCGACGCCAUCGACCCCUCUGUUACCCCGGCGACCGGGACACCUGUGGUGGGAGGACUCACCUACAGAGAGGGCGUCUACAUCACUGAACACCUCUGUCAGACAGGUCUUCUGUCGGCUGUGGACAUGGUGGAGGUGAAUCCUCUGAGGGGUCAGUCCAAAGAGGACGUCCAGUCUACAGUCAGCACGGCGGUGGACCUGCUGCUCGGAUGUUUCGGACGCCUACGUGAGGGAAACCACCCGCAGGAUUACCAGCUGCCCCGGCCUUGAUAGUGGGCGACCGCAGUUUCUCGGACUGCACGCUACCUAAAGGUCUCUGAUCACCAGCAGGAACUGAACCGACGAUCAGAUUCAUACUUAAGCACCUCAGAGAUGAUUAAACUUCCAAAUUUUAAACUUUAACAGCCAGAUUACGAGAUGUCAGAACAUAAUGCACUUGUUUACCAAAGCUUCUGAUCUGUGAAACUUUAAACCAAAGAAACUCCCUGUGAAACAAAAAGCACUUUUUAUGUGAUUUCUUGAUUCAUCUACUGUAUCAAUUACGUCUUCUUUUUUAAAUAUUCCAAUAAAAUAUUCCAAAUGUGA